UAAUAAAUAAUUAAAUUAAAUUAUGAUAUUCAAACCCUCACUGAUAUUACAAGAGUAAACGAUUUUCUUUCUGUUGCUACUAUUUUGCAUAAAGUAUUCGUAUAGGAAACAACAUAACCUAAAUAUAUCUGAUCGCAAGUUUAUCACAUCGUGAUAUUCUCAGUGACAGUAAUUAAUAACGAUACUUCUUGUACGUUUCUUCUAAGACGGUGCCUAAUUCGUUAGAAAAAUAUGGAUGAAAUAGAAUACAAAUUAGAAUCAGGGAAUCCCGUUUUGAUUUCGCACGCGAUAUCCAAGCUCUUCGAAUCCAUUAAGAAAAAAAAGUCCGAGCAACCCGCGGAUCACGUUUCGAAGAUCGCAGAGUUUAAAUUGUUGUUAACAAAGAAAGACAGUGCGGAUGUGACGCUCAGCGUGUCCGCCUGUCAAGCACUCGUUGCUCUAACCGAGGAUGGUUUAUGGGAUAUCAAAGAUGCAUUAUCUACUUUCACAUCGAGCAUUUCUUUUAUAAAGAGUCACACGGUCGCAGUGAUGAUUAUAAGUCGUUUGUUAAUAUUGGACUUAAAACGCGACGGGAACAAAUCUAUAUACCCGUUUGCCUUACACGCGCCGCAACAUCCGUUUAUAAUCAUUUUAACUCGGGACAAACAUAGCUGGCAAACGAUAUUAAGUGAAAUGACGUUUAUCAUGAAUCACCGUGAUCCCCAGAUUAAAGAGAACGGGGUCAAAAUGUUUCGCGCCGUAUUUUUGUACGUCUUAUGCAAUCCUUCGAUGAAUUCGAUGGACAGCUGUAUGCAACAGGUUUGGCGGUUGUUGAUCAAAUCGGAACGCGGCACGCGCGUUCAGAUGGAGACCUUGCUCUGGCUAUCGACAGCAGACGAUUACGUCUGUGUAAAUACAAAUUAUAGAAUCUUAGAACUUGCAGAGAAAGCUCUGUCGGAGAGAAACCGAGAAGACUGCAGUGCAUUACUGCCGAUGACCGCAUCGUUGAUACUCCAGUUGCUGAAAAACGGAUCUGAUCCAAGGCCAAACUUUGAUAUUAUACACGCUAUCAUAGAUCACUGUGACAGUUCUAUAGGAAAUCUCAUGUUGACACUGAUGGCUGAAGUAGUAGCCUCGUGCCCGGCAAUCUAUUUGUACAGCGCCUUACAGAUAUGUAAUAGAGUGAUAAAAAAGAUGUCUUGCGAUGUCUUAUUCUUAAACAUUCUGAAAUCGUCUAUCUUAAAAUGGAUGGCGUAUCCAUCCGUGUUAUGUUCCGACGCGUUGGACUUAGCGAGAGACAUAGCCAACGGAACGUCCGCCGGGGGAAAGACUACUAACAAGCCGACACCUUCGAACAGGCUGUUCAAAGUAUUCUCUUAUUCCGAUCCGUGUAUUCAAUUCUACGCGGAGAUGGUACAUGGUCUAUGUACAUGGAAAGAGAACGAUAUUUCAUUAUGGCUAGAGGCCAUGUCUCGCGUACCGAUUUACUUGAAGGGCAAAUGCAAAUUACUGGUAGCUGGUGUCCUUCUGCAUACGAAAGAACCACGCGUAACUGAAUCCUGUUGCAACAUACUGGUCGACGUCUGUAAGGAGACGAAGAGUUUCGGUUCGCACGUACUAUCGUUGGUAUUGCAUAAACUGACGAAAUGUAAAACCAGCGCCGAAUCGAAAUGCUUACUGCUGGUUAUACCGGAGCUUGUGAUUACGAAAGAGAACAUUCCGAUAGUCACCCACACGUUGGACACGUUGCUAAACAAUGACAAGCAACUGAAAUAUUUCGCGAUCGAAUUAUACCUGAGAGCACUGAAAAAGGAACAGAGAUGUUACAGAUUCGUCUCGGCUGCGAUAAUUCGGCUGAUGAAGAGCGACAGCUCUUGGUAUUCGGAUACGACGUGCGCAAGAGCUAUGAAAUACAUUGCCGAGAAUCAUCCCGAGCACGGGGAAACUUUGGUGCCGUUACUGUCGCAGAUAUUGAAUCGGUCAACGGAUUCAAAGAGCGGGACGGCGAGCGCGUUAGCCCUCGGUUGCAUCUCUGCUCUUUGCAAAGCGUCCGUCAUAGACAUUUGCUCGACGUGGAGAGUACUGGCUCCGAAAAUGGAGAAAGAAAAGCGGACGAUUGUUUUAGAGAGUCUUUGCGAGUUGUUCUCCGACAUUACGUCUUAUGCGCCCUCUCAGUAUCAAGAAGAAUAUGAUCGCUUGAUUGAGAACAUAGUUUCAAAACUGUGGAAAUGCGCGAUGCACAACGACGUGCGAGUGGCCAACGCAGCUUUCAAAGCUUUGAGUUCGUUCAGUUUGGAACAGCUUACAUUGAAAACGUUGCCUCAAGAAUUCAGCCGUAAUCUUGCGUUGCCUGCAGCAUAUGCAAAAACCCCGGUAGACGCGGCUAGAAAACCCGAGGACGUGCUCUCUUAUAUACCGGGCGUUUGUUGGAUACAAAUGCUUCAGAAUAUCAAUAAAACGACACUAACCGCAGCCGGGAAUUUUCUAAUUUCUUUUAUAACUGAAGAGGUGAAAGGUUUUCGGUCUGGCAUGUACGCCUGGCCUCAAGGGGAGCCGCAGAAUUUUAAAUAUUUAGCAGAGAAAAGCGUAAUCAGAGCCGUCGGUGAAUACUUGAGGAAAUCUAAUAAAUCUGAUCCGAAUAAUCAUCGAAUAAUUAUAGAAUGUCUACGAAUAUUCGCUCACAAAUAUCCAAAACCAUUGCCUAAUAUAAAUUGGAUUUUCCUUAAGGACACAGUCGAUCUGUCGACAGAAGCUAAACAGUAUACGCUUUCGAUAGCGUGCCAUCACGCAGCCAUAUCGUCAUCCGCAAAGUCUUUCAUCGAGGAGCACAUGUUCACGUACAAGUCUAUAAACGUUGGAAAUUUCAUUUGGAAGCAUAACGAGCACACCGUACUCUAUUCAAACCUCGAGGAUCUUUGCCAAGCAGUGCAACCGAACGUUCUCAAACCAUUUUUGGAAAUCACUUUAGAACACGUAAUUGAAAAGAUGGAUAUCGACAAUGAAGAUUCAAUAGAAUUAUUCAAUUGUAUUAUGAGCGCGUACGCGCAGGCAUUAAAGAAUCAAGAGAUGUAUCACGCCAACUCCACGUUAUUGUCUACCGUACUGGAGAAACUAUUGGACAGGAUGGAUUUAACGUGCGAUCGUUUUCGUUCGUAUUUUAGCGCGGCUUUACAAUUAUUAACGGAGCACUUGGAGAGGAUGACGUCUCCUAAAGUAUGGUGGGAAAUAACAGAGAAUAAAUUAAAGAACGCGAUUGCGAUCAGGGCUGAAAUGAUUCUGACGAAAUCUGCUUCCGAGCCUACCCUAGCCUGGUUGAACGAAACCAUCGAUGAAACUGCCGCCUCUACUUCAGGUGUCCAAACAUAUUUUCUGAAAACUGUACAAAGAGUACUGAGGGAAAUACAAUUUGAGAAAUCGAGUUCGAAUUGGAUCCUAGAUCUUAUGACGCAAAUUCAAGGAUUUUCCAUGGAAGCCUGGGACGAUCGUAAUGAGAGACUACAAUUCUACAGUGACGUUUUGUUCGUAUCUAUUAUUAGUUUAUCAGGCGUGGAUUCUAUGUUAAUGAAGUGCGAUCAAGAGAUAAAUUCGAAGGACGUUAGAAUAGAAUUAUUUCCGCAAGCUCUAACGAUUCUCUCUGAUAAACAGGAUUGGAAGCACGCAAACCCACAGGUGAUGGAAUGGUUAAAUUACAUGAGAUCGAGUACUACUUUUGGUACUCACAAAUCCAUCUUUCAUCGAUCGUUAAUUUGUCUAAGGCAUAAUCCAUAUUACAAAGACGUAUGGAUGAAAUAUUUAUCGGUCGAAACGGACAUCGACGUUUGAUCGAAAACUGUACACGUUAGGCGGGAACAACUUUUAUCGGGAAAAGCGUGUUCCCAACGUCUGCAAAUUAAAACGGGAAGCAUAACGUCGCGGGGCCGACUUGUUUAAAUAUCUACUGAAUGCAUGAGUUUC